AAUCAUGACGAUUAUGGCGGAAGCACAGCCUGAGAUAACUGAGGGUUGCAGAUUGCCCGUGCUUCUAAAAAACGGCGAUGGUUGGCAUAUUGCAGAAAUCCUCAGUAAAAAAGAUGUCCAAGGCAAACCAUUAUACUACAUUCAUUAUGAAGAUUUUAAUAAGCGACUCGAUGAGUGGGUGCCAGAAGAGAGGAUGGACAUCAGUAAGUUGGAGCAGCCGAAGAAAGAUGCCAAAACACCUAAGAAGGAUUUCCAAAAACUGGCCAAUGGUGGAUCUCUCGCCCCAGUAGUCCAGAGCGGGAUGUUGUCACACCAGUUUGGUGGACUUGGUGGCGGGUUAGGUGGUCUGGGGCCUGGCCUCGGUGCAGGUCUUGGUGCUGGACUUGGUGCUGGCCUAGGUGCUGGAUUGGGAGGGAUGACUGGAUUGACGAUCAACCUAGCAGUUCCGUCUCCCAGUGGUGCAAUGUGCAGCACUGGUGGCAUGAAAAAAACACAAGCAGCCACUGCAGCCAGAAAAAGAAAGGCAGAAGAAGAUGCACUGCAACCAGACUCACAAGAUGCACUCCCAAAGAUGCCAAGACAGACAGGCAGCAUGGUCGCACAUCAUGAUGAUAUUGUUACAAGAAUGAAAAAUGUUGACCUUAUAGAACUAGGUCGAUACCGCAUCAAACCUUGGUACUUUUCUCCCUACCCACAGGAACUCACACAGACACCUAUUGUAUAUAUCUGUGAAUACUGCCUGAAAUACUUGAAAAGCAACAAAUGUUUAGAAAGACAUUUGGCCAAAUGUUUGCUUCGGCAUCCACCUGGAAAUGAAAUUUAUAGAAAAGGUGAAAUCUCUUUCUUUGAAAUAGAUGGACGGAAAAACAAGGCAUAUGCUCAAAAUUUGUGUCUCCUGGCCAAGCUGUUCUUAGAUCACAAAACACUGUACUAUGACACAGAUCCAUUCCUCUUCUACUGUAUGUGUGAGAUGGACAACAGGGGCUAUCACUUAGUGGGCUACUUCUCCAAGGAGAAAGAGUCCACGGAAGAUUAUAAUGUAGCUUGUAUUCUCACAUUACCACCUUAUCAGAGGAAAGGGUACGGAAAACUGCUGAUAGAAUUUAGUUAUGAACUUUCUAAAGGUGAGGGUAAAACGGGUUCACCAGAGAAGCCUCUCUCUGACUUAGGCCUUCUGUCAUAUCGCAGCUAUUGGUCACAGACCAUUCUGGAAAUACUGCUGAAUCUCAAACCAAAUGAAACUGGGGAGAGACCUCUCAUUACCAUUAAUGAGAUUUCGGAAAUGACAAGCAUCAAGAAAGAAGAUGUUAUAUCAACACUCCAACAUUUGAAUCUCAUCAAUUAUUACAAAGGACAGUAUAUCAUCACAAUAUCAAAUGAACUCAUGGACUCUCAUAAUCGUGCAAUGGCUCGUAGAAAGAUCCGCAUUGACUCAAAAUGCCUCCACUGGCAACCAAAAGACUGGAGUAAACGAGGAAAGUGGUGACUAUAGGAAGUGAUAGACUAACAAAUAACCCAUCCUUCUAGCAGUCUAGUAACUUGAAAGUACUUAAACCAGCCUCUUCCAGAAGACAACUUAUACCAUGAAUAAAUGUUCCAAAGUCAAGAAUAUCAACAUCACAGAGUGAUCAGUCCCAUACGCCGAGUUCAUGGUCACCUUCAACAUGUUCAAUGCAAAAGUAGCUCCUGGUGUGUUGCAGCAAAUACCAUUGACCAAUGCUUAAGGAUUUUGCCUGAAGCCUGUGGGAUACAGUUUAAUGAACAAGUGCUUCUGUGGGUUUUUUCUUAAAUCUUUCAUUUCCUUUUUUUCAGCAAUAGUCUGUGAUACAAACUUUUUUCUACCAUUUUCAUUCUGACUUUUUUUUUAUUAAUGUGUGUCCAUCAUCCCAUUCCAAUCUCAAAUAGUUUGAAAUAUAUUCAGGUCCUACUCCUUCAGUGGAAUACUGGUUCACUUUUGUCAUUUUCCAAGUCACAUACUACCUUGUAGCCCUACUGGUAUCUUGUUGGUCUCAUUUCAAGUCCUAUUUCACACAUUUACAAUUUUCUUUUUAACUUUUUUAGACUACAAAGGGUGCUUAUGGUUUCCUAAUAAAUGUUUUACAAACGUUCUUUAACCUUAAUAUAGUAUUUGUGUUCUACAAUGCUUAGCGGUAUGUCAUUGUACAAACGAGUUACCUUUAUAAAGCUUAAUGCACAUGACCAUGAUAAUAUACUCUAUAAUACAAGUUCUACCACUGUUGUUUGCUGUUAGUUAAGGUUUACUUCUGAGGAUUAUUGUUGCGUUUGACACAGUGGGUAUGUUGCAUUUGACACACUAUGGGUAUGAUCCACGAACUUAACUGAAGUAGUCUGAGAGUUGGAUACACAGAUAAACAUUCAUAUCAGCUGGUAGCAUAAUUGAUAUUGUCCCUAUUUAUGUACAACAUUUAUGUGAUGAUGAUUUGGAGAUUUAACGUGCGCUUUCUGACAUAAUGCGUAUUUCGCACACAACACAUUUAUGUUUGCAACUGACUGCUGAACAAGCAUGUCUCAACAUCUAAAUAAUUGAUUUCAAAGACCUGCUAUUUUACUGAACUUCCUUUGUCAGGGUUAAUACCAAAUUUUUUAGUUGGAAAUUAUUAACUUCAAAUAAAUUGACUCAAACAUACUCUCCC